AUGUAUAACGCAAAAAUGAAUCCGCAAUGUUCUAAAUGUAAAACAGCAAUGAGGAAAUAUAACUACUCCGUCAAAGAGAUAGAACGUAUGCGAAACGACUAUGCAGACUUAAAGAAAGAAGCAGAAAAACCAGCAGAAAAUAAAAUGGACAUGUUAGCAUUUCUGAACAAAAACUAUCCAACUGCUGACGAUUUCCUAUUAUCUGACGUCAAGAAGAAGUAUAAAGAAACCUUCGGCAUUGUUAAAACAUUCGAUGUACUAAAAGAAGAAAUAGAAGCUACAAAACUGUUUAGAAUCUCACGAAUUCAUAACGUAUAUCAUGUAAAAUGUUUAUAA